ACUGCAGAGUUAUGGACUAAAAAACUGAACAAAAAAAUAAUGUGAAUGUAGUAUCGUGUGUGUGGUACACCCAAAUGUAUAAUAGACCACGUAAGUCAACCUAGGCCAAAACUCACAAGUCAUUAUACCCUGUAAUUGAUUUCAAGCGCUGACAAACCAAAGUCUUAGAAUGGGAAGAACAGAGCACAUGAACAUGGGUGAUGAAAUUAAUCAUCAUCUUCGUCAACUUGAAGACAUUCCUACACCAGCUAACACGGGGUAAUGUAUAUAUUUUUCUUAAACUAUGAUCAUGUAAUCAUAUAUUGUAUCGUCCUAACAUUAUCUUAAUUAAUAACUAAUUACAUUUAUAUUUUCUCUCUCCUUACACUCAUGAAGUUGCUCCCACGUUUGUUAGCGCUAAUUUUGGCUAAUCAAUUUUAUUUCUGUCAUUCAGAUUGCUCCUUUCAAUUGGGAAUUUUGAAAAUAUACAUCUGUAUUUACUCUGCAUUUUCUCUAUUUAGAAACCCUCUAAAUAAAGAACAAGUGCAUUAGGUUUCACAUAAAAUUGGCAUUUUUGGUGGGAAUUUGAAGGAGAAUAUUGGAGGUUUGUAAAGUUUGGCAAAAUUGGGAUGUUUGUAUGAAUUACAUGCUUACAUGUUGUAGGGAAGGAGUAAUCUAGGAAAAGAUUAGAUGGCUUCAUCCCCAGAUUCUCAACCUGAAAGCCCUCCAUCUACUACACUAACUCCUGUCCUUACAAAAUUAUUACCACCUGUUGAAUCACCUCCGAAUGUUGUUCCAUCUGCUCCCCCUCCUGCCAAUAAUCCUCCACCACCAUCGCCGCCAACUUCCCCUCCACCAGUUGCCACUACACCGCCACGCUCACCACCCCCAGCACCAGGCUCACCGCCUUUGUCUCCACCACCAUCUUCUCCCCCGCCCUCAUCAGCACCUGUUAACUCUUCUCCACCGGCCUCUUCCCCACCUCCUAUUGUAACACCUGCACAGUCUCCCCCGGUUACUCUCCAACCACCACCUUCUCCAUCACCCCCAGCUCCUCCUGGCACAUCUCCAGGCUCUUCUCCACCAGAUACUUUUGUUCCUCCUCCUCCUGUGGACUCUUCAUCUCCUCCAGUGCCACCCGAGUCCACUCUUUCCCCUCCAGUAUCUCCAAGUGACUCUUCUACGCCUUCUAGAUCAGUACCAAGACCAGCAACAGAAUCUGGAAGUACUGCCUCGAUUUCUCCAGUGAAUUCCUCUGCUAGUCCCUCUCCUGGUAAUGAUGCAACAGUUAAGACAGGAAUAGCCAUUGGGAUUGUGGCAGCUGUUUUCACCAUAGGCUUUUUUAUGGCCAUUGUGUGCUUGCGAAGGCGGAAGAAAAGACACAUACGACAUAAUUCAGUGUACAUGUUGCCAUCCCCAUAUGCCUCUUCACAGACAUCAGGCACCUCUUUUAUGAAACCAAGUGAUGGUGGUGGUGGCGAUUAUAUAAAUUCAUCACCAGAUACUGGUGGAAUAGGCAACUCAAAAACCUGGUUUUCUUACGAGGAGUUGCAUGCUGCCUCGAAUGGGUUUGCUGCACAAAAUAUUUUGGGGGCUGGUGGAUUUGGAUGCGUGUAUAGAGGUUGUUUGCAAGAUGGCACAGAAGUAGCUAUAAAAAAGUUGAAAGAUAACAGUGGGCAAGGAGAUCGUGAGUUUAAAGCGGAGGUUGAGAUUAUCAGCCGUGUGCACCAUCGCUAUUUGGUUUCUCUUGUGGGUUAUUGCAUCACUGAUUUUCAAAGAUUGCUCGUCUAUGAAUUUGUUGCAAAUGGCACCCUUCACUACCACCUCCACAAUUCUAAUAAACCAUUUAUGCCAUGGAGCCUCCGAGUCAGGGUUGCUUGUGGUUCUGCUAAGGGAAUUGCAUAUCUCCAUGAAGAUUGUCAUCCAAGGAUUAUUCACAGGGAUAUUAAAACUGCUAACAUCCUUAUAGACAACAACUUCGAUGCUAAGGUAGCUGAUUUUGGGCUGGCAAAAAUAGCACAAGAGUUGGAAUGCAACACACAUGUAUCUACACGAGUCAUGGGAACUUUUGGCUACAUGGCACCUGAAUAUGCAUCGAGUGGCAAGUUGACUGAAAAGUCCGAUGUAUUCUCAUUCGGAGUAGUGCUUCUAGAGAUUAUAACGGGACGCAAGCCUGUUGAUGAAACCAGGCCACUAGGAGAUGAGAGCUUAGUUGAAUGGGCUCGACCUUUGAUGACUGAGGCGUUGGACAACCAAAACUUUGAUGAACUUGCUGACCCAAGAUUGCAAGGAAACUAUGAUAGAGGUGAGAUGUUUCGGAUGAUUGAAGCAGCAGCUGCAUGUGUACGGCAUUCGGCUGUAAAGAGGCCAAAAAUGAGCCAGGUGGUAAGAGCAUUGGAUACAAUGAACGAACUAUCAGAUAUAUCGAAUGGCAUGAAACCAGGUCAAAGUGGGAUAUAUGAUUCAAGAGAGCAAUCAGCACAAAUCAGAAUGUUCCAGAGGAUGGCGUUUGGAAGCCAAGAAUUUAGUUCAGAACAAAAUAACAGCCACAGUAGCCGUUCAAGUGGAGGGAGAAGUGGAAUAGCUAGGGGCAGAAGUGGACAGGUCUAAGUUACAAAUGUAAAAUUGUUUAGUUUAUGAAUCAUCUCGUAUCUGGUGGAGAUAGAUACUUGAUGCAUGCUUAUAAGGAACGGCAAGUCUAUCCCCUUGAACUCAAUAACAUAUGGGGAGCGAAAGGAUGCUUAAAGAUUGCCAAAGGGCUUGUAGACUUAGUUCUUUGGCCUCGGCAAUUAGACUCUUGAAAGGCUCAGUAAAGAUCUUGUACGUUUCCAAACCAUAAGUGUAAACUAUCACUCAAUUUUUUCCUUCUGUGGAUAAGCUAUGUCUUUGGCUAUAAUAUAAUUUGAGGUUGUUUUAGGGCGUGAUAGUUAAUAGCAAUUCUAAUGUCACAUCUUCCUCUAUCUUCUAUAUCCUUGCUCUUUGGUCAAUAAUUUUGUACUGUAAUUUAUACAACUUUAAAUAUUCAUCAAAGAUCCAGGCACACUAUUAUUAAGGUGAGCAAAGUUUUUGAUAACCUCAUAAUAUAGUAUAUAUUUCUUAAUCAUUAAAUUUGUCAGCAUCCAAUAUUGAGGAAAGAACUCUCAUGUUUGUUGCGGAGUAUUUCUCAUCCACAUCUAAUUAUUGAAUACUAUUGUACGGAGUACUUUGUACUAUGUUUAGUUAUUGACAAGUACAUUACAUUACUUUUAAGUUUUAACAUAAAAAUAAUUUCAUUAAUAACACAUCAUAAAGAGUUUUCACAUUAUCAUCUUGGCCCAAAUACAGGGAAAUCGAGCCUAAAAAAAAAUGCUAAAGCAACAAAGCUGAAAUAACAAGAAAUUAAACUGACGUCAUCAAUGUCCCUUUUGACAUCCAUGUUGACAGUAGGGAGGGCAUAAAAAAUUACAACUCAAGGAUAAAAACAAUUCAAAAUACUAGAAAUCUAAAUUAAAACAAACUUAACAUAAUAUGAGUAGUGGGAUACGAAACAACUUGAUCUAAGACAAUUCAGAUGUCUCUAGCCAAGUAAGGAGUAUCAUCUUUGAUAGACGCAGAACUACCCGGAAUAAACCUAAUCUGAACCUUAGUAUUAUUAUCUUCUAGUACACCAUGUACGUACCUGAAUUCCUCCAUCGUCGCAACAAAAACGACACUCGAGCCCUUAAUUUUUCUAUCACCUCAUUAAUAAUUAUCAAUGAUACAUUCCAACUUUUGGCUUUUAUCUGUGAUACACAUCAUUAAAUUUUCAUUAUCAGCGGUGCACUCAUAAUUAUCAUCUAAUUACUACAGUAAGCACACCAUUAGUAAAACGUUUAGUUAGUUAAUUUGAAACGUUUUAGUUGGAAAAAUGAGGAAAAGACCUCAAUGCCCUCCCAUUUAAUCUCCCUCCAACCUUUCCCUCCAACAUUUCCCUCCUUAUUUAAAAAAUAAAAAUCAAUUCCCACCACAUUAAACCUUAUAAAUACAUGCUCUUCUCUCUCGUUUUUCUUGCUUUCUCUUUCUCUUUCGUUUUUUUUGCUUUCUCAAUUUUUUUUUGCUUUCAAAUCUGUAAUGGCUUCCUCUUCUGGCGCAAGAUCUCUUUCAAGCAACAGAAAUAUAAGAGGUGUGUGGGUUAAAACCAUUACCUGCAACUGUAAUCCUCCAAGAUCUGCAGACAUUAGGUUCUCAAACUCAGCAGCUAAUCCUGGAAGGCCCUAUUACAAGUGCAGGCUCUGUGAUUUGUUCUUGUGGCUCACUAAUGAACAUAUUGUAAGGGAUGUUGGUGGCAGACCUGGUGACAU